UUAUAGGAUUAUGUUAACGUAACAUAAUAGUAUUUAGAUCACAUACAUUUUAUACUAAAUUCGUCACUGGGAUAACGUUACGUAAAAAAUAGAGAUUCCAGAGUUCGAAGAUUUCGAUUUCAAAUAUAUGGAUAUAUCAAAUAUUUUAUAAAUUAUCAGCAAAGAACAGUGAAUACUACUUUCAAACUGGUUUAAAUAUCCAACCUUUUAAAACUCAUCAAACACGUGGAAAAACUAAAUAAUAUUCAUAUAUUUUGACUUAUCAACACUAUGCCUCCAUUUGUGAGGGUAAAACUGGUUAAGACGGAGCCAGGACCUAAUUUUGUUCAGAAUGGGGAACCAUUUGAUCCGUUUGUUGCAGUGAACGUAAAGGAGUGUAUUUUCCAAGAAGGUCGUGGAAGUCAGUUAGUACAGAAGAAGAAAACUAUUUAUCCAGAAUGGAAUAGUUGCUUCGAUUCACAUUUGAAAGAUGGCAGAGUUAUACAGAUUGUGACUCUACAAAGGCCCAACAAGAUGCUGGCUGAGUGCAAUAUAGGAUUACAAAUACUUGCUGAUAAAUGUAAGAAACAAAGCAUGGGAGGAGCAGGAACAGAUGUUUGGUUGGAUCUCAAGCCAGAAGGAAGACUACUGGUUCAAGUGAAGCUAUUCGUAGAGCAAGAAGACGUCAUGCAAGACCAGGAACUUCCAGAGCGAACGAUUCAGCGUCGACGAGGUGCGAUGAAAAAGGCCAAAGUUCAUGUGGUCAAAGGUCACGAAUUCACAGCCAAAUUUUUCCGCCAGCCUACGUUCUGUUCUGUCUGCAAAGAUUUCAUGUGGGGAUUGAAUAAGCAAGGAUACCAGUGUAAAGAUUGUGGAGCUGCGUUGCAUAAAAAGUGCAUUUAUUGUGUUCUUGCAUCGUGCAGUCGUACUGCAGUCGGAUCGGCUCACACAGUGUAUCUGAAAGAAAGAUUCAAGAUCAACAUGCCUCACAGGUUCAAAGUCUGCACCUUUCUUCGGCCGACAUUUUGCGAUCAUUGCGGUUCCAUGUUGUAUGGUCUUGUCAAGCAAGGAGUUAAAUGCGAAGAAUGUGGGACUAGUUCUCACCAUCGUUGCUACAAGAAGAUGCCGCAUACCUGUGGAGUAAAUCAGUCUCUACUUGCUGCAGCAUUGGAGAAGUUGGAUAAACUGCCUUCAGUAGAGGAGAAAGGAUCCAAACAACUGCCCACACCAGAAUCCAGCAUAUAUGAAGACGUUCCACAAAGCCAAUUAUUAGUUCCAAAGCAACCCAGACCAAUGUCAACUCCGCCCAACAGUCAAAUUUACGAGCCAUUAUGGGGAGCACAGUCAGGCCAAGGAGGCUCUAAACCCCAGGCAGCCCCUAUCCCUGCACCAAGAGCAAGUAAACGCGGCAUGGUCAAAUUCACGAGCGAUGAUUUCAGGUUACUGAAGGUCCUAGGGAAAGGAAGUUUCGGAAAGGUGCUUCUGGCAGAGUUGAAAGGUCACAAUAAAUUCUAUGCGAUCAAAGCUUUGAAGAAAGAUGUCGUAGUCGAGGAUGAUGAUGUUGAAUGUACGAUGGUUGAACGAAGGGUUCUCUCUCUCGCUUGUGAACAUCCGUACUUGACGCAUCUGUUCUGUACUUACCAGACUAAUGACCAUUUAUUCUUUGUGAUGGAAUACCUGAAUGGUGGAGAUCUUAUGUUCCAUAUUCAAGCAAGUGGACGCUUCACCGAACAAAGAGCUAAAUUUUAUGCCGCUGAAAUUGUGUUAGGCCUGCAGUAUUUACAUGGAAAAUCAAUUGUCUAUCGUGACCUGAAACUUGACAAUGUUCUGUUGGAUUGUGACGGCCACAUUAAGAUUGCUGACUUCGGGAUGUGUCGGGAGAAUAUCACUGCCACAAACAAAGCAUCUACGUUUUGUGGAACACCUGACUAUAUCGCUCCUGAGAUUCUACAGAACAAAAAGUAUACAUUUGGUGUGGACUGGUGGUCGUUCGGUGUCUUGCUUUAUGAAAUGAUGCUCGGACAAUCACCCUUCCAUGGAGAAGAAGAGGAAGAUUUAUUCAAUGCAAUCCUAACUAAAGAACCAGUCUUUCCAAGAUGGAUGCCCAAGGAUUGUACUGCUUGUAUAAAGGAGCUUCUUAAAAAAGAACCUGAAAAUCGUCUCGGCGUCAUCAAUGAAGUCAAAGACCACCCAUUCUUCACAUCGAUUGAUUUCCAACGACUGGAAAAAAGACAAAUUGAUCCGCCAUUCAAACCUAAAGUUAGAUCUGCCAGUGACUACAGCAACUUCGAUAAAGAAUUUUUGGCUGAAAAACCAAGGCUGACACAGGGAGACAAAGAUGUUAUUCAAAGUCUUGAUCAAGGCUGCUUCAGAGGAUUCAGUUUCAUCAAUGCUUCUGCUGCUGUAGGAUUGAAAAAAACAACGUGACCUUUCAACUUCGAACUUUAAGGGUCAUUAACUUCAAAUAACCAACUCUAUGAGCUUUUAUGCACAAACUGUUAAACUUUUCAGCAUUGACUUCUCAGUUACAUGGUUCUAGGGCCAUGAAUAAUAUAUCGGUAAUAUAGAUAACUAACAUAAAGAUGUUCACGGCCUAAAUAAUCAUGUCAUACUGACAAAAACAAUUGUUGACACCCCAAAAUUUGUGAAAGAGGCUUUUCGACCCUCGUCCCGUUGGCACUUGAGAUUCUUUGGACCUAUAAGAGGGUACCAUAUGAGUUAGUCGCAUGGGAAAUUAGACACUGCUGUUUUUUGGACAGGGUUAACUGGAAUUAGUGGAAAAGAUCGCUUCUGCCGAUAUUGACCAAAUCCAUGAGAAUGCCAGUUAAAUAAAAAGGGAGAGAUUUUAUUUUUCCGUCAACCAAAUAAAACAACAGUCGUAAUAAUGAAAAAUAAUAACAAGUAAUAAAUUAGUUUGUA